AUGACAACGAGUACCUCUAACUCCCUUCUUUUACUUGCUGUCAAGCGCAGUAUGGCAGUUGGCGCUUACAAGCUUGCAACAAGCAACACAUUUUCUUCAUUUAAUGCAGAAUCUGCACUUUCUGUUGGAGAAGUUGCUGCUAAUGAAAUGUCAAUGUUUAUCGAUGUCCUUAUUGACGAAAUCAAUGAGGCCCUUCCAGUUUCAUCAUACAGAAAAGAGAUUGCCGAAUCCCUUGCAAUUGAUCGUGAUUUCGAAACAUACCAAUGGGGAGAAGCUUCACAAUUAGUUUGCGACUCAUUCUACGCUAACAACAAGGGUACAUUCAACACCUUCGUUUAUUCUUUCAACCCUCUUGGCAAUGGAAAUACAAUCCAAACCGAAUACAUGAGAAUCGAUCUUAAGUUCACACUUGCUGAUAUUUGCAUUUGCCUUACAAAGUGCAAGAAGAACUGGUUCUCAUCCCGUACAUUCAUCGAGAGAAGAUAUAUCAAACCAUCAGUCAACUUCGCUGAUUUCGUUUGCUGCCUUUCUAUUGCUAUUUCACCAAUUCUUGCAGUUGGUCUUCCAGUUCAGACACCAGCCAACGCUGCUGACGAACUUAAGGCACAAGCCGCUCAAGUUCCAAACACAAUGCCAAGCGAUGCUCCACGUCGUACAAUUUACAACCCAAUGAAGAAGAUGAACGUUGUCGUUACAGAUCCACGGGUUCUUAAGCUUCUUCCAGGUUUCUGGGAAACAGUUACAACCAAGGAUGUUGUUGCUGCAACAAACUCUGCUAAGUGGGAAUUUGACCAGUAA